CUGUGGACUUCCUUGGUCUCCAUUACCCUCCCUCUCUCCCUCUCCCUCCCUCCCUCCCUCCAUCAACUAUGCUAUUGCUUCUUGUUCCAGUCCUCUUGCUAAUCCUCAUCCUCCUCUUAAAGUUCACGUACUCCAAUCUAUGUAUCCCUUUAAAGCUACAGCUCCACUUCACGGCGCAAGGCAUCCGGGGCCCCGGCUACCAUCCUUUCCUCGGCAACACAGCGGAGAUCAGGCGCCUGUUCCUGGAGGCUCAGUUGAAGCCCAUGCCCUUUGACCACAGUAUCCUCCACCGGGUGGCUCCUUUCUACCACCACUGGUCCCUCAGGUAUGGGAAGACUUUUGUUUAUUGGUUCGGGUCAAGGCCCAGGCUGGGCAUCUCGGACCCGGACAUGAUCAAGGAGGUCCUGACGAACACAGGCGGGUCAUAUGAAAAGAUCGCGUUCAACCCGCAGGCCGGAUUGCUGUUCGGGCAAGGCCUUGUCGGGCUGGUGGGCGAGAAGUGGGCCGUUCACCGGCGGAUUGCCAACCAGGCUUUCACCAUGGAGAGAGUCAAGGGUUGGAUCCCAGAGAUCGUCGCGAGCACGGCCAAGAUGCUGGACAGGUGGGAGGAGAUAAGAGGAGGAAGAGAGAAAUUCGAGGUGGAGGUGCAAAAGGAGCUCAAUGGAGUGUCGGCUGACAUCAUCUCGAGGACUGCUUUCGGAAGCAGCUUCGAAGAGGGCAAGCGCAUAUUCGCCUUGCAGGAGAAGCAGGUGCACCUCUUCUCUCAAGCCAUCCGAAGCAUCUACAUUCCUGGCUUCAGGUUUAUACCGACCCAGAAGAACAGGGAGAGAUGGAGACUGGAGAAGGAAACACGUGACUUGAUCCGGAAGCUGAUCAAGAACAACUCGAGAUCGAGAGAGAAUUCCUUCAACCUCCUCACUCUCCUAAAGUCAUCAUACGAAGAAGAAAGACUCGGAGUGGAGGAAGUCAUAGAUGAAUGCAAGACUUUCUAUUUUGCAGGAAAAGAAACGACGGCCACUCUCCUCACUUGGGCGCUUCUCCUUCUGGCGAAGCACCAGGAAUGGCAGGACAAGGCCCGGGAAGAAGUGAUCUGCAUCUGUGGGAAAACCGGGCUUCCAGCUGUGGAGAAUCUGAACGAGCUCAAGAUUGUAACGAUGGUAUUGAAUGAAACACUGAGACUGUACCCACCUGCCGUGAUGCUGAUGAGGCAAACCUGCAAAGAUGUGAAGUUAGGAGACCUCCAAAUUCCAGCAGAAACACAGCUCUACUUGGCCGUGACUGCUGUACAUCACGACCCCGAGGUAUGGGGCGAAGAUGCUGACGAGUUCAACCCGGCGAGAUUCGCAGAGCCCCGGAAGCACCUGGCCUCGUUCGUCCCGUUCGGGCUCGGCCCCAGAAUCUGCGUGGGCCAGACCUUGGCCAUGGCAGAAGCCAAGGUUGUCCUGGCCAUGGUGGUGAGGCAGUUCGUUCUCGAGGUGUCGCCAUCUUAUGUUCAUGCUCCCAUGCUAUUCGUGACCUUGCGGCCUCAGUAUGGAGCGCAGAUCAUCUUCAGGAGGACUAAUGUUUGAUUCCCGUUUCUUUUCCCUUCCUUUUCUUUCCAGACUUACCGUUUGCAACAUGUUCACACAUGGAAAGAGGGAAGAGAGUCGUUGUAGUUUUUUUUUUGGUAUAAAAGGCACUUCGUUUUGUGGAUCAUGAAGUAAAUGUGCUGAAAUCUGUAUCAUAAACUCCCUCUGUUCCCAGUCAAGCACGCUUUUUCAGGUUUGUCACAGUGCGCAUUGAUUUUUCUG